AUGAUCGACGGAUGUUUCAGUGGAGGAAGAAUAAGUGGAGCUAUUGAUUGUUUAGAAAUGGAAGAGAAAGGUUACAUUCCAGAUAGUUGCACCUACAAUAUAAUGAUUUGUGAGCUUAUCACCAAUAAUCAAACUUCAAAGGCUGUGGAGCUUAAUAAGGAGAUGGUGGAGGGGUGUUUCUCUGCAGAUUUAUCAACUGCGGCCAUGUUUGUUGAUUUGAUAUCUAAAGUUGGGAGAACAGAAGUUGCUCGGGAGCUAUUUUAUAAGAUGCAAGAUGAUGGUCAACUUCCAGAUCUCCAAACUUAUGGUGUUUUACUGGAUGGUUUAUGCAAAAGCAAACAACUUGAUGAGGCAAUGGAAUUAUUCAGUGAAAUGGAAGAAAAAAAUUGGAUCUACAAUAUCCUAAUUGGGGGUUUGUGUAAGACUGGAAAACUUGAAGCUGCAAAGGAUAUCUUCUAUAGCUUAUCAUGCAAAGGAUAA